AUGGUCUUCCCGGGCCGCCUGAGCACUGGUUGCAAGCUGUGUCGCCGCCGCAAGGUCAAGUGCGACGAGACGAAGCCUGGAUGCAACCGCUGUGCUGUCUACGGGCGACCCUGCCCGGGCUAUGGUGACAACUUUCAGUUUCGUCCCCAGGAGGCGAAGAUCAAGAAGGCCGUCUCGUCAAAGUCACGCGGGCCUGAUACAAAACCGAGUGCCACUCCAAACGUGAAGCAGAGGCAUGACAGCACUGCCAGAGACAGCGGAGAGAGUUUUGCUGGCAAAUUGACGAGCCAGCCGGCUGGUUUUGAGGAAGUGGUCUUCAAGCAGGAGCCAUUACAGAGUGACCAGAGUGACCACGUCGUCUCGCGGAAGCCAACGCUCAAGCUUGAACAGUGGCAGCCAGAACACCAGUUCUUCGUCACGCCAUUGCCAGCCCCGCAGCAGCGGCGACACUCGCACCAGCAUCAGCCACCUCGCCGGCAUCGCCAGCACGAGCAUCAUCCGUCGCGAAACCAGCCCCAGAAUCUCGAGCUGAACUUCGCCUCGAGCUAUCAGCAAUGGCUCGAGGCGCCUCUGCCCUCACCGCCACCGACGCAAUGUCGUGAGCAGCAGUCUCUAUGCUACUUCAUGAGCCGCUUCGUCGCUCGCAACAUGUCCGACCCCUUUCCGGGACACUUGAGCUUUCUGUAUGAUUUGUAUGAUGGGGACCACAUGUCGUCGCUCGAGCUGGCAACCCUCAGCGCGGCCGAGAUGACAGCCUACAACAAGUUUGGGGUCCCGGAAAUGAAGCAGCGCGCGUACAGGCAUCGAGGCGCGGCCUUGCGAGCGUUGUCUACGUCGUUGGGCAGCUCGGACCGGAAUGUGCGGUUUAGUGACAAGACCAUUGGGACGGUCUUGUUGCUGGCUACAUUUGCCGACAUCAAUGGCGAGGGUGCAGCUGGAGAUGGCGGCCACGCAGCUGGCCUGCACUACCUGCUCGAGCAAAGAGGCAAGGAGCAGCUCAUGACCAAGACAGGAUCCGAGAUAUUCUUCCUUGGCGUCAUGAGGCUGCACAUACACGCAUUCGUCACCAACGACUUCUCAUAUGCCGACCCUGGCGGCUACUCGGAGCUCAUGCAGGAUGUAGACCCUCUCUGGCGUGGACGAGCACUCGUCUGCAAGAUCCCGCGGCUGCGCAGUGCUCUGAGCGAUCAUCUCGAUGCUAUGGCGAAGAGGUACGAGCUUGAGACGGACGGGAAUGACAAUGCCACACAACCAAAAUCACGAGAGACAUCGCCAGUGCGUGACGAAAGCGCGCUGCCGCUGCCACCAUUGCAGGAGGACGACAUCCAAGAGAUCAUGAUUCUGUACAUGGGCUGCAUGAAAGUGCUCCAUGAGCUGAACGAGUGGGACCAGACCAUCGCGACAUCCCCGGCCUUCAACCCAGACAUUGCCGAGGUCAGCACGCCAGACCUCAACAGUCCAAUCAGUCCGUUGAGCGCCAAGCCGCCGUCUAACUCGACGAGUUUUGAUGGCACAUUCUCAUCCCAUCCACAGAAACAGCCUCUCCCCAAAAGAUACGACACGGGCACAGCAUGCACAGUGAUCCUGCUCAAGUCGUCUCGUGUCAUGCUCCUGCUCAAACUGCUUGCGUACUUCAAGCAGCUCAAGGACUGGGUCGUCGCGUACCCGCGACUGCUCGGCGACCCAGCCAACCCUAACCCACUGCUCGCGGCCGUCUUCUCAGACCCCUCGGCGAGCAUGGCGGACAUUGAGAAGAUGCUCGACGACGUCCGGGAGAGCUUGAGUGAGAUUGAGCGCUGCGUGCCGUUCGCCGUCGGCCACGAGGAGGAUGACCUUGACGGGAUCGCGAGUUUCCAAGAAGGCGGUGGCGGGUUCUACGCACGCACUGUGGGCGGCAUUUCCGGCAAUACGAGGAGGCUGGCGACGAACCAGGUCGAGGUCGCUGCAGCCGCACUGAUUAUUAUGCACUCCCUCAUUCUCGUCGCCAUGUGUCCGUACUCGACGCCGGCGCAGAAGAAGAUGAGCGUGGACGUGCUGAGCCGCAUGGACAAGAACAUGGGCAUCCGGGCUGCGCGGCUGCGGCUCAAGGAGUUGACCGAGACCAGACCCCGGGGGCUGCACUUUUGA